AUGGCCAACCGACAAAUGACACGGCGCAUUGCCAUCAGCGCCGCAAUCUCGAUAUGCCUAGUCUUCUUCCUCUUCAUCCGUCCACAGGGCCCACCAAGCCCGGCCGUCCGAGCCCCCGGGCACCUCUCUCAUGGCGCAGCACCCUCGUCCGGGAUCACCAUCCAGGAGGAUACAUUGAAAGGGGCGGUGGUGAUGCCGAAAUUGGGCAACGAGACGGCCAAAGCUGAGCUGGGCCGUGCAACAUGGAAGUACUUCCAUACCGUCAUGGCGCGAUUCCCCGAGAAACCCACCGAGGACCAGCAGGAUGCGCUGCGCUCCUACAUCCACCUCUUCGCGCGACUCUAUCCUUGUGGCGAAUGCGCUGAGCACUUCCAGAAACAUCUGAACAAAUAUCCGCCCCAGGUGUCGUCGCGCAGUGCGGCCGCCGGGUGGGCAUGCUUCAUCCACAACGAGGUCAAUGCGAUGCUCAACAAACCGGAAUUCGACUGCAACGACCUGGGGUCGUUCUACGACUGCGGCUGCACCGACGAUGAGGACGCCGGGGAGGGUGGCGCGGACAGCAAGAGCAACGAGGCACACCCGACCGCGAGCCAUGGCGACAGCAAGCAGGAUCCGUCCGAUCUUCACGAUCACCUGGCCGUGGAGAUCUCGAAGGAAGCGUGA